AAUAAAGUUGCAGUAGUCUAACCUAGAUGUAAAGAAGACAUGCACCAGGAUCUCAGUAUUUUUAAAGGAAAGCAUAGCAUGAAGUCAAGCAAUAUUGUGGAAAUUAGAAAAUACAGUAUAAGAGAUUAAAUAUGUAAGUCAAAAGAGAGAAAGGGUCCAAUAGUACACCAAGGUUUAAAACAACUGCUGAGGGACUGACUUGAGUAUCAUCGAAAGUAAAUAAGUGGUCAGAAUAAGCUGAGAUGGUAGACUUGGUACCAAUGAUCAUAAAAUCGUUUUUCUGGGGAAGAAUGCAAUGCCAUUGCUUUUUUGUUUCGACCAUUUGUUUUCUGUGAGCAGGGAAGCAUGCCUCUAGCCGCACUUUGAAUUCUACAAUUCUACUUGUUUAAAACCUCAGAUUGUGGCCUUGCAAUAUGCUCACUAGUUUUUGCUUUCUAACUUGCGGACUAACAUUUUAUAUUCAAUAACAUUAAACAAAAUAAAGACAAGUUAUGAGUUAUGCGCUGUUUCUGCUCUAGUUUGUGAUGCAGGAUUUAUUAAAAAAUAUAUAUACUUCAAGCGGCAAGUUAGUGGAACGGCCGAUGCUUCUCGCUAGGAACCAACGAACGACGCUUAAGUUAAAGAGGGAAACCAUUUGAAGUUGCACCGGAAAGGUUUGCUGUUGCUCCGGAUUUCUUAGCCAGCUAGCUAAAUUUGAAAGCAGGGAACACACUUCAGCAGUACACAUCGAUUUCCUUUAGAAUUGCGUGGACAUGGACUCAUCACAGCAGUAUUACUAUUCAGAGGGAACACCGCCAACUAUGGGACAACCACCACCUAUGCCACCCAGCACGGUCCCUCUUCUCCCGGGAGCUGAGCUGCCUUGGAGUGUUUACCAGCAUCCUCCACCAGUUCCGCACAGCCACUGGCCUCCGUUUCAGCCGAUGCCACUUAGUGGACCUCCGUAUCGUCCGCAGCCGCCUUUCGAUCACAGCAGACCGCCUCCAGGUUACUUUGAAACGUCGCAGCUGCCUCGCAUUCACGGAGCAACGGCUUCUGACGGACCCGUCCAGGCAACCAUACACGCGGAGCAUAACGAAAAUCAGACGGGGUCUUGGCCACAUUCAGCCAGUAGAGUGUAUCAGCCGAAUAUUUGUGACAGCUAUUCCAGAGGACAAUUUGCACAAAGUCGCAGUUUAUUAAAUGCUGGGAUAUCAUCGUGCCAGUCUAGGUUUCAGCUGAGUAGUAAUUUGGACAACUUCGGUCCGAAUUUCAGUCUAGACUACAAGUCAUCCAGCGGUUUUUCAAGUCAGCCAUUACAGGGCUCUUGGUCGGGUAAUUCGCAGAACAAAGAAAACAGCCAAAACACGUCAGUAAUAUCCAAUGAAGAUGCAAGGCAGAGAAUGCAAGACGAACAGUGGAUUAAACGUUUUUUGCAUAGAAGAGGAAAAACACCUGAAGUAGAGACGUAUACUGCUUCAACACAGUCUAUCUCUGACUUCAGAGAGAAGUUGUAUAGUACUGUAAAAAUGAUAUCCGAACUUUCCGUGGUCUGUCAAACAUUAAAAAAUAACUUGGACAACGAAAGUGCUUGGACUGUCUCGUACUCAAAAGCCAUGGAGCUAAAAAACCGCUUACAAGAAAGACUGACCGCUCUUCGGGAUCCAGAAUCCUUCGGCCGUGUCAAGAAAAAACUGACACAGAUAAAAAAGAAACGCGCGCGCAUGCGUAGAAGGAAAGCUGAGCAAACGGAGGAGAGUCAAGAGCGGGAGGCUAGAGCGAGAGAGAGAGAGGCGGCCAUUGACAAGUACCAGUCUAAGCAGAUACAAGAACUGGAAGAAAAGAACAGGGAGCGAGAGCUAAAGCUGGCGGCUGACGCGGUUCUCUCAGAGGUGAGGAAGAAACAAGCCGAUUCUAAGAGAAUGCUGGACAUCCUCAAGGCCUUGGAAAAGCUGAGGAAACUCCGCAAAGAGGCUGCAGCCAGGAAGGGUAUGUUCCCGGAGAAGGAGUGUGACGAAGUGUUCGAGCGGCACGUGGAGCGGCUGAGGGGUCUGAUCCGGAAACGCACGGCUAUAUACGGGGCCGAGGAGAAAGCUCUGCGGGUGAUGCUGGAGGGCGAGCAGGAGGAGGAGCGGCGACGGGAGCGGGAAAAGCGGUUGAAGAAAGAGAAGGAAAGACUCCUGCUCAGGAAACUGGAGAUAGACGCCAUGCUGUUUGGAGCUGAACUGCCUCCUGAUCAUCCGCUUCAACCUUUCUACGAAUACUACACACAAGCGGAGCACUCUCUGCCGUCCCUUAUCCAGAUAAGGAGAGAGUGGGAUCAAUUCCUGGUUCCCGAAGAUCAUCCUGAGGGCACCUCAGUUCCGCAGGGCUGGGUUUUUCCAGACCCUCCGGCAGAUGAUGUCUGGGCCACUGCUCUGGACAAGUGAAGCACUCUAGCAAACUGGUUCUGACAGCUGAUGUGCUGCCAAUUCACUGCUGAAUAUUAGUGACACCGUGCAAAGAGAGGGCUAUAAAAAAAAAAAAGAAAAGGAGUUGAUCAUGACACCAGUUGUAUCCGUCUUUACAGAUGAGUGAGCUGAAGAGAGUGAUGCAUUUGUUUUGUACCCUGUUGAGUGGAGUGUGAAAUAAAGGGCUACAAUUUGUUUGCUGAUAAAUACUCCAUUAGCAUUUAGUCAGUGCUAUUUAAGUGCCCUGGGUCCUAACAAAACCUCAUUUCAGGCAUGAUCAGGUCAGGAAGUUCAAAGCUGAUCUGUAGGGAACCUUGGCGAUUACACACUUAGCUGGGCAUCUACGCAGUGGUUUUCUCUGAACUGUUUACUGUGGCUUUUAAAUGUGGCCACUAAAAGGUAGAGUAUUUAGAGAUGAAUGUUUGUUUUUUAUUUUAUUAUUACUCACUGAAAUGAACUUGUCAGUGUUAUAGUUUAGUGUUAAAGACUAAUAAAAUUAUUUUAAAUGUG